AUGGCUCGUAUAAAGUUUAAGAUUUCAAAUGGGAUAUGGGAAGUAUUUGAAUUUUCUGAUGAGCAUAACCAUUCGAUGAUAAAGAUAAAUUUGAGGCAUUUCAUAUUGUCUGGCCGAAGGCUUACAGGUGCUACUAAAGACAUAUUCAGUUCUAUGGUUGAUGUUGGCAUUCACACUAAAAAAGCUGUUAGGUAUAUUCAAAAUGAAGCGGGUGGUAUUGAAAAUGCUAGAUUCAUUGAACAAGACACUCAUAAUUUCAUACAAGCACAUAUUAAAUCUACUCAGAGGAGUGAGAGCACUAAUAGGGUCUUUACUGAAAUGGUUUGCGAGACCAUGACUUUAACUGAAUUUGUUCAUCAUUAUGAGCAACGGGCAGUUGAAAUGGAAUAUCUAAAAAAAGUGAUCAAUGUUGAAAUGAAUGGCACUUGUCACACAUAUACAGUCCUCAAAGGAGAAAGUGGUCACUUUGAAACUGUUCAAUUCAAUUCUAUGGACAAUUCCACAAGUUGCAGUGGUCUUAUGUUUGAAUCUUUGGGUUGGUUGUGUUGCCAUGCACUGAAAGUUUUGUUCCUUCAAUUGGACCUUUCUUAUAUUCCUCAACAAUACAUUCUGAAAAGAUGGACAAAGAAUGCUAAACAGGGAAAUGAAUUUGAGGAGUACCAUAAGAAGAACACACCAGCUUCAUCUAUGGCCAUUCGCUUAAAUGGGUUGAUAAAAGAAUCAUUUACUGUUAUGACUUUAGCUGCAAAUGAUGUCGAGUCUGAAGAAAUUGUUAGAAAAUAUUUAUAUCAAGCGAGGGUUGAGAUUACUAAAGCACAAAGUGAGUUAUAUGUGAAAGGUACUUAUAAAUAUUGUCCAAAAUCUAGUAUAUCUGCUGGCCCUUCUUCAGGAAUUCAUGAUCAAAUUUUGGAUCCAAUUAAGAAAAAGGGUAACCGAAAUGGAUAUGAACGGUUGAAACCGAGAAUUGCGCAAAGGAAGAAAAGGGCACCACAAAAGACCUUAAAAGCUCGAGCAAUAGAACAAUAG